UCGAGAGAGACAGGAUGCUUGUUUUUCAUUUGACCAAAGCGGUCUGAAGGCAAGACACCGGGGCCUAAGAAAGCAAGCUCUCUGUGGAAUCUGCCCAAGCUCCCGCUUCACUCGCUUGCUAGUUUGCUAGCCCAUUAUCCCCCUCCGUUGUAUUCUCCUCCUUCUCUGAACAUAUUUAGUCGGAAAGCGGGUGAAGGAGGGGGUGAGGGAAGGAGACCGCUCCCCUUCCCUCUAAAGCAGAGGAAAAACACCAGAAGACCCAGCAGGAGGCUGUGAAAGUCCCUGGGACUCCAGCAAGGAAGUGACACUCCCAGCAUAACAUCUACUUCAGCUGCCAAGUCCGAAGCGGGGCCCUCCUCCACCCACUGCUUUCCUUUGAUGAGAACUCUUUGGAUUUCAGGCUAUGCUCUCUCCACUGCCUCCUCCGGAGCCGGGCUGCGUCCUUCCCUUCCCCCACCCGAAGAGGGGCUGAGUUGAGCCGCCUCGGGUCCGCUUUCAUGUGGAUGUCUCUGAUCCCGAACCCUUCUCUCCUCCACACCACCCGAUGUGACCCUCCCAAGCCGUGCUCCAGGCGCUGAUCCGAGGAGGAGAAUCCAUCUUCAGCCCGGUGCCAAGCGGAGGGGGAGGGAGGGACCGAGAGGGGGGUGAGCCUCUUUGGGACUAACUCAUGAAGAACAAGGGUGCAAAACAGAAGUUGAAACGAAAGGGUGCUACCGGUGCAUUUGGCUGUGACCUGACCGAAUAUCUGGAGACCUCGGGCCAGGAUGUUCCCUAUGUACUGAGGAGCUGUGCAGAAUUUAUUGAGACUCAUGGCAUUGUGGAUGGAAUCUAUCGACUUUCAGGAGUAACAUCAAACAUCCAAAAACUGAGGCAGGAGUUUGGCUCAGAUCAAUGUCCAGAUCUGACAAGGGAAGUUUACCUUCAGGACAUUCACUGUGUGGGCUCCCUUUGUAAGCUGUACUUUAGGGAGCUGCCUAACCCUCUCCUCACUUAUGAGCUCUACGAGAAAUUCACGCAAGCAGUGUCACACUGCCCAGAAGAAGAAGACCAAUUGGCCCGAAUCCAAAAUGUCAUCCAGGAGCUUCCCCCACCACAUUAUAGGACCUUGGAAUACCUGAUCAGGCACCUGACCCAUAUCGCCUCCUUCAGUAGCAAGACCAACAUGCACACCAGGAACCUUGCAUUGGUGUGGGCACCAAAUCUUCUCAGGUCUAAGGAAAUUGAAGCUAUUGGCUGUAAUGGAGAUGCGGCCUUUCUUGCCGUCCGAGUCCAGCAGGUGGUGAUUGAGUUUAUCUUGAAUCAUGUGGAUCAAAUUUUCAGCAGCUCAUCCUGCUCCAUAGAGAAUGAUGAAAACAGGCCGAUUAUGAAAAGUCUGACUUUGCCAGCCCUCUCCCUCCCAAUGAAGUUGGUGAGCCUUGAAGAAGCUCAGGCUAGGAGUCUGGCUACUAACCACCCUGCACGCAAGGAGAGGAGGGAGAAUAGCCUGCCUGAGAUUGUGCCUUCCACAGGAGCCCUCUUCCACACUGUCCUUGAGUUACCAGACAGCAAAAGGAAACUCUCUAGUAAAUCUAAGAAGUGGAAGUCAAUAUUUAACCUGGGACGUUCUGGCUCAGAUUCAAAAUCCAAGCUGAACCGGAAUGGAAGUGUAUUUGUGAGAGGACAGAGGCUUUCUGAAAAAGCUACCAUCCGACCUGCCAAAAGCAUGGACUCUCUCUGUUCUCUGCCAGUAGAAGGGAAGGAAGCCAAAGGACAUUUCAAUCGGACUGUCACCACUGGAGGAUUUUUUAUCCCAGCGAUGAAACUGCAGACGACAAGUACCGGCAGCUCUUGUGACCUUAGCAAGCAAGAGGGUGAAUGGGGCCAGGAUGGAGGCCCAGUGGGAGCCGAGGGGGGCUCUGUUGUGGGUGGCAAGGCUCCCCAGGCCCGCCAACCACCAGAGCAGUUGAAGGUAUUUCGAGCCGUGGAGGAUCCAGAGAAUGACCAGGCAUCCCCUAAGAUGCUUGCCAUGUUCUACACUUCAAAUGAUAGUUCCAGCAAAUCAGUCUUCACCAGCAGCCUCUUCCAGAUGGAAUCCUCCCCUCGUCACCAGCGAAAGGCCCUCAACAUCUCAGAGCCGUUUGCAGUCUCAGUACCCCUUCGGGUAUCAGCAGUUAUCAGUACCAACAGCACCCCUUGCAGAACACCUCCUAAGGAAAUGCAGUCACUCUCUAGCCUAGAAGAAUCUUCUCUCCAAGGGGCUGAGGGUGGGGGUUGGCCUGGGUUUGAGGAGGAGAAGACACCUGUGGCUGAUGCUUCUGCAGCUCCUGUACCUCAGAAACUAAGAACCAUAAAGUCUGAAUCUCUGGAAGACCCCAAACCAAUGCCUGAAAAGGAGAGGGCAGUGGAAUGCAGCUGUAAUCAUUCCCCAGAGCCAAGUACCCACCCUAGAGAGAAAGAAGUCUCUACCAUCUCAGCAAGUUUGCCAUUUUCAACCACACUAGAGAAGAGACAGGAUUCAGAGGAAGCCACAAAGAUCAAUGAAAGCCACCAGAGUGAGCUCAGUGCUCAGCAGGAGAGCUCCAGGGAUAAAAAAGAAGAUGCUAUGUUCCUUUCAGCAACGGAUGAAGAUGACUCUUCGAGUGCCCUGAUGUGGCCUGAGAUUCAACAAGAGUUGAAAAUCAUUGAGUCUGAGGAAGAGUUCCAGGCUCUACCAUCAACUGCCCCAGAUAUCAGCACAAGCCAACCAAUUCUCAUUUCAAGUCCAAAGACCACCCUUUCCCCUUGGACAAGGGACUUCUCUGAUGACUCCAACCUGUCUGCGGUCCCCAUGGAAGAGACUACAGAUAAAACCAGUCAGGUCCCACCUCCAGAGGGUGCUGCUAUCCCCAUGCCUGGAGCUCGAGGAGACCCAGAGCAGCUUCACAGCCACCAGCGGACUGAACAGGCAACCAAGCUGUUGUCUGAGCCGAGUAGGCAGGGGGACUCUGCUUCUCCACAGGACAGUCUCUUAAUGGGCAGCUCAGGGAAUCUACUUCCACCUCCCCCGCCUCUAGAGCAAACUCUUCAGAAAGAAGACUCUGUGACCAAUAGCCCUGAGAGAAAAGAAACUUCAGAGGCUAUGGGAACAAAUUGUCAUUCAGACCAGACCCAGGCUGCAGACAGUCCCAGUGAUCCCGGCAGCUUUUAUCAGCGGGAAGAAGUGGUCUCAGAACAGGGGGAAAAGCAAAGUCCCAAGGAGAAGACAGAGAAAUUGGCUUCGGGGGGAGAAGGUCAACUAAGGGAAUUUGGGAGCUUGCCACUUAGAGAGAGGGAUAGAGCCAGUCUAAUGCAGGACACUUUUGACUAUGAUGAAGAAGACGCCUCCACUGACAUUGCACCACAGAGUUUAGAAAUGGUAGAGCCCUGGGAGGACCACCAGUGGGUCACAAGCCCUCUUCAUUCCCCAACACUGAAAGAUAUUCAGGAAACUCGCCCACAAGAGCUCCUCCUGCAAAAUCAAAGAGAGAAGAGGCUCCCCCGUAGACCCAGUUUUGUUCAGAGUCAUUCCUUAGACAGUGAAACUACCAUGAGAAACCAGUGGACUCAUCCAUUCCCUUCAUCGAGUAGCUGUGUCAGUCUGGGAUCAUUAAUGGCUUUUGACCCUUUACAGCUGCUGCCACCCAACAGAGAAAAAGGUGAAUGGGAAAAGAAGGCACCAAGACAUUUCAAAGAGCUCUCAGAGCCAGAGGGAACAGAAGAUGCCCUUGGCAUGAAUUCAGGGAGAGACAUACAAUCCAAAACAGUAAGAACCAGUCCUGUCUGCUUUACAGAGAAAGAAACAAAAGUAGAUCAAGAAAACCUUCAGCCAGACCCUUCAAUGCCCGUGAAUCAACAAGGUAGCUGUGGCUCAGCAUCAGAGAAUGUUAGGGAAAAUUGUCCAUCCAGAGUUCAGGACAAGGCCAGCCCUGGAAUGCCUCUUGUUACCAAAGGUGAGUUGCUUCCUCCCCCCAAGUUACAGCUAAAGAAUAAUGACUGUGUGCUGCCUAAAGGGAAGAAUAGACCCUCUUCCCUCAACCUGGACUGUGUACCUCUCGUAAAUGACUUCUUUAGGUUUGAGAAUGUGACUUCACUCAGUUCACCUGGAAGCCAACUGUAUGACCAAGGAGAAGCUAAAACGAAAGAUCCCAACUACCCAUGGUCCCCCAUCUGCAUGACCUCACCUCACAGUAAAGCAGACCCCUGGAGAGUUCACUGUGGUCCCCAGGACCUAGACAUGGUUACUCAUGCCUUAACAGGCCGCCGUAAUUCUGCCCCUGUGAGUGUAUCAGCAGUGAGAACUUCCUUCAUGGUCAAAAUGUGCCAGGCCAGGGCUGUGCCCGUCAUACCACCUAAGAUUCAAUACACUCAGAUUCCACAGCCACUCCAGGCUCAGAACACAGGGGAAGAUGUACUUCCCCCUGUACAGAAGGCCAAAGCAGAGGCCAGCCCAACUGGCGAGACACCUCCAAAGUCUGCUGGGGAUGACUCACCUCCUUCCCUUGGGAGACCUAGAGAGGAGAACACAAACCCAGAAGGAAAGGGAAACGAUUCCAUCCAGAUGGACUCCACAUCUUUUGUGUCUGAUGACCACACCCUUUCUCCAGAUCCAUGCGUGUCUUGCCUCCUCUCCUCCCAGGAUGCUUCAGUACCCUGCAGGAAACGUACAUCAGAAACAGAACCAUCAGGAGACAAUCCACUUUCUUCAAAAAUUGAGCGGUCGUCUGGGGUUUCCAAACCUUUCCACAGAUCAAGACCGGGAAGACCUCAAAGCCUAAUCUUGUUUAGCCCUCCCUUCCCUAUCAUGGAUCACCCAUCUUCCUCUUCAGACUCCAGGGUCUUACUUUCCCCUAUCAGAAGCCCCACCCAAACAAUUUCUUCUGGUAUCAUUUGUGGUGAGCUGGCUGAGAACACAUGGGUGACCUCUGAAGGAGUCACACUUAGGAACAAAAUGACUAUCCCUAAGAAUGGCCAGAGACUAGAGACGUCAACCAGUUGCUUUUACCAGCCCCAGAGGAGAUCAGUGAUUCUGGAUGGAAGAAGUGGGAGGCAAAUAGAAUGACAUCAGCUUACCUACCACUCUUUCACUUAGAACCUUUUACUCUGUCUUAAAAGACUACAGGGCUCUGUUAAGAUUUGCCUGGGUAUUAUUUUAUGGCUAACUCUUUUAUUCCAGAGGAAAGUUAGCCAGCUUUGGGAUUUUCCAGGCUUUUUGUUUCCCUUUUUUAGCCAUUGUACUGGCAAUCUUGAGGCAAUUCAGGUGCUCGUUAAUAUUUACUAACAGCAUUGAGGUGCUCUGUGGAAAGACAAAGAUGAAAUUCAAUUCAGUCUAUUUUCCUGCUUAUUAGUAGCUGAAGGGAAACAUGUUCAGUGAGAGAGAUGACUAAAAUGCAAUUUGGAAAUUAUCUGUGAAUUGCGUUUAUUCAUCCACGCUAUCUUUAUCUAAUACUAUUGAGAGUUGGCCAUAAUAAUGCCCUUUGCAACAAAGAAAAAUCUUUUUCCUGUAUCAGAAGACAUUGUUUCUGAGGUUUCUGGUUUCUUCUUUUCCUUCAUAUUAUUUAAUGCUUUUUAAAGCUCUUGCUUCUUUAGUAACUUUUUCUAAUAUGCUUUAUAAAAUUCUGCUAUCAGAAAAGAGAGUAGAUUUGGAAAUAUAAACCUACUGUGCCCUUAGAAAUUCAGGCAGGUGGAUUAACAAAUAUAUUUUUUCCUUGGUGGUCCCAUAUCUGUGCAUGCCACCAAGCUGGUGCUACUGGCUAAAAGUACAGCAUAGAAAACAAAAACCCACAAUAACAAAUCCUGUGAUUGACACCAAUUAGGAAGAGACUUUUUCUCAUUUGUAUUUAGCAAUGUGUGAAUUUGCCUGCCUUUCUCAUUUACAUACCCAAUAACUCGAGAAAGACAUUGAGGGCUAUGAUAAUGAUGGAUGCUCUUUUUAUUUGGGGGCACUACAGUGUUAAAUUGGAGCUAUUUUGCUUCCCUCCAAAUCUUCUUUCAAAUGUCAGAGUAAAAGAAUUUGUUAUAAUAUAUAAAUUGCCUGCAUAGAAAAUAUGGGAUGAUGCCAGUAUUUUUUAGCUAAGUGGGGAUAGAUUCCUCCUUAUCCCCUCCUCCCUGAAAGUGCUCGUUCUUGGGGGGAAGGAUGGAGAAGGGAGACAGUGGCUAGUAAGGAGGUUCCCUCCAGCCCCCCAUCUAUCCCAAGGUAAGAGCCAUCCCUACAGAAGAUACAUUUUAAUUGUAGCCAACAAAUCACCUCCUUUCUCCCUGCCUUCUCAGUUCUCAUGGAUAGAUUUGGGAGAGCCCUUCUCUCUCCAUUCAUCCUUAUGCUCAUACAUGCUCCUUAGUCUACUUUCUCCAGAUACUUAAGGAAGAAUCUAGCCUGACAUUCCUCUAGCCCCAACUGUUCCUCCUUUCUUAUCGGAUGCAAGAAAACCACACAAGCAUGAUCUGGAGCUAGGUUUUUGAAAAAAGCAUUCCAGCUUCAAUCCCACAUAAGACAACUUAUAUACCAGUUCAUUUGCUUUGCUGCCCCAAUAAAGGAAACUUUCCUGUUUGAAGGUCAAAUGGAGAUGUGACCGUAUUGGUGAUGCUUUUCCUAGUAGCCUCUGUCAUCUCUCUGCCCUUGCCAUCCUCUUUUCAGGUCAAAUCCUGGCUAAAUCUAAUACUCUGCUCAGGUUCAGCCACCCAAGAAGAAUUGGGCAGAGAUGUUACCUUACCCUGGCUUGAUGACAUUCCACUUCAUUCAUUUAUAAAUUCCAAAAUGAUGGCACAAGAAGGGACAUUAGAAAUCACCUAGUUCAAGCCUCUCAUUUUAUGGGUGAAAAACAAGGCCCAAAGAAACAAAGUGAUUUGCCUAAAGUCAUACAGCUCGCAAGUGAGAGAACCCAAGACUAGAACUUUCACUUUCUCCCUAAUAAAUCAGAAAUUUUUUUGGACUGCUUUCUUGAUCACAGGUUUCUGACAGGUCACUGGGUAGGAAGUAUUGUGUCAGUUGGUUUGGGGGAAGAGUUCUAAAUGUCAGGGGAAACAGGUUGAACAAAGAGGUUAAAGCUCUUUGGUUGGUUUUAAUACAUUCCUAACAGAGGCAAUAAAAAAUGGCAGCUGAGCACAGCAGGGGAGGUGGAUAUUUAAGCAGUAAGGCAAGAGGAUCUCCUUAAAAAUUGACCUGUAGGAAUGGGUGUGACUGGCAUAUAAUGUUAUUCUGGAGUUACAUUAAUUAAAAAUAAUUGGGGUGAAAUUCUGAAUUUGAUGUCCAAGAAUUUCAAAUGUUGGAGUAGUUUCCAACGAGAGAGAGAGAGAGUAAGGGCUGUCUUUGGCCUUUCUUUCUGUCCCCAAUGUCUAGCACACUGCAGAUAUUUAAUAAAUGCUUGUUCACUGACUGAAUGAAAGUGAACUGGCUCCAUGCCUUCAUUCAGCAACUUGAGACAGUUUUCAGUUUUUAGGGACCAUGCAAUGAAAGCCAAGAGGGAGGAAAAUGGAGCUAGUGUCCAUGCAAGUGAAGGAUUUCCACCCUUGAAAAAAAAUUGAGUUUAUGAGACACAACUCAAUCCCUAGGCUCUUGUCAACUGCUCUUUGCUAUGGACCAUUCUGCCAUCAGCUCUCCCUUAUGAACUACAUGUUAGAACACAAUUAGAAUUAAAUGAUGAAAGCAUCAGCAUUUUGCUUCAUAGUCAGAAAACCUGAGCUCAGUAAAGGGAUAUUUAAAAUAUAUUAUGGAUAUUUGGAAUUCUUAAUUGUAACACACUAGAGUAUAUUUUUGUUAUAUUGCUAUUACAUUGAAAAGCCAUUGGGUUGCCUAUUAAUAAGUGACUAAAUUUUCAGUGCUCAGUGUUUGAUUUCAUAUAUGCAUGUAUAUACAUGCACAUCAUACAUACAGACACGUGUAUACAUAUGCACACAUGUCUUCAGUUUGAUUUUUAGAUUCUGACACUAUGUUUAAAGAAGCAUCUUCAAGAGCUUAAGUGGAAGUUCUCAAAAUACACAUUGGAAUUUGUCUAGGGACAAACAGGAAUAUUCUCUACUGUCCUUCCCAAGUCAGUCAAAUUCCACAGGCUUUGAAUGCUGACUUCUCCUCAGAAUGCCCCUGCUAGAAUUUGAGAAACUUAUUCUAUCAGUAAUUUUCUGAUGAACAAUUGCCAAAAAAGAGUGAUACCUUCUUUGGUCUUCUAUUUGAUUCCUGGAGAAAUAGACCCUAAAUUUCGUGAAGAUUUUCUCAGGCACUGCUGUAUAUGCAGGUACUAAAAGAAAUCCUUUCAAUACUUGUAAAUGAUGAAGCAAACCCCUCCGAGGCUUACUGUAACACAUUGAAACCGCAGAGUAAAAAGUGACCCAUCUGAUGUCAUUGUCCAAUGAGGAAAAAUACCUUGGGUUUUCCCAUUCGUUCACUUAGUUCAUGCACUGAAAUUUAGAUCCUCUGAGAGUAGAAGCAAGUCAGGGCUGGCCAUCUGUGACUGGGGAAGUUCUGAUACUGGGCCAUUUCACAGUGUGGCUAUAUUAGGAAGACACUAUAGCAAUAUAGACUUGUUUUCAUGCUAAAGAGAAAUUGGUAAUACCAAUUCCUUUGGGAAUUCCCCAAAUCAUUUGAAGUCAACUGAUACAAAUUUUAUCCCAUUCAAACAUGUCAUAAGUAGAGAAGCAGUUGAAUUUAGUCACAGAAUGGCUAUAGUAGGCCAAGACUUGAUGAUCUUGUCAAAAUAAACUAGAUUAAAGAUAUCUAUCUAUUCAAAUGGAAAAGAAUUCAAAUGGAGAUGGAAGUUUUGACUUUUAGUUUGAUUCAUUUGAAUAGGAAGGAAGGCAGGCAGCCUGGUUUAAGCUAUGGUGAAGUCUGAGUAAAAAUAUUGCUAAGGACAUUAAAAAUCCAAGCAUCAAAUUAGCAGCAGCAACAGUAAACAUUAAGUGCCUACUAUGUAAAAGAUAUUCUCAGAGUUUCAUCAAUAUUUAUUAAAAAGAUUUAUUAAUUUCUUAUGUAACUCCAUAUUAUGAACAAAAAAGACUGGCAAUUAAGACAGAGCUCAUAUGAACUAGAAACACUGAAUAAAGAAACUGGGAUUGAAGAGAGGGCAAUGUUGCUUACGUAAUGUUACUCUCCAUGCUCACCCAUUUCCAGAUAGGUAUUUUCCAAAGGCUGUGUGGUUCCCGCCAAAGUUGGAAUACCAUUUUGAGAACAUUCAAUACCAAAUGAAGUGUCAUCAGAUUAGAUAACCAUCUGUGCCUUCUCAUUCUGCAUGAUUUUUUCCAUUUUCUCCAGAUAAUGGAGAAAAUACUCCAUAAAAGGGUCUAUCCAAUGUGCUGAGAACCUCUUAACAUUCUAUUGGCACCAGUGCCAACACAGGGACUGUUUUUAUCUGAAAAUGGGCAAGUUCACAUGUGAUUCUUCAAUGAUGGAUUUUCAAUUCUAACAUAUUAGAUAAUUGUAUUUAUUUCUAUUGUUUCUUAUAUGACAGAAUCAGAAAAACUAGCCCAAAUUGCGUAAAGGGGGAGGGAUGGUGGGGAGCAGGAAAUGUCUACAUGUGUCUUGGAGUCUCCUACAUGAAGGGACACUACUGAACACCAAAUUUACAUGUUUGGAAUUGGAGUGGAAGAUCUUGGUUAGAUGUAUGACUCAACCUAGCUAGAUGAGAGUCAUGUACUGUAUUAUUGCCUAGUCUCUCAGAUGAUGCCUUGAAGCUUAGAGUGAUGUGUUCCCAGAAGGGUAAUUCCAGAUACUUUGAGGAUCAGGGGGAAAAAUAGGGCAGAACAAUCUCUUGGCUGAGAAAGAACAAUAACUAGCCCUCACCCAACUCAAUACAACCCAAUUUUAGCAACUAAGGGACAGAGAAGGAAGUGAGCAACUGUCUAAACAUGGAAGUGACAGUCUAGGGAUGAGGAUUGAUUAGCUGGGAGCUCUACCAUUUCAGAAAGCACAUAAUUAGGGAUUAUCCCAGUGUGUCCCCAAGCACACAACAAUCAGUAUUUCUUGAUAGUAAGAAGGGAAGUGUGAGUGAGGGUUACUUUUCUAAUGAAGUGAGGGAGGGUAAGUAUAGGAAGUCCAUGAAGAACCACCAUGGUAUUGGAAUGUGUGUUAUUGGAUGAGUUACAAGGCUUUGCUGUAAUUUAGCACCAUAGUACUUCCUCAUUUAUGAUUUUGCAAGGUGAAGCACUUUUCCAAAGGUUUCUAUUAGAAAGCCACAGGAUUUCAGUUGUGUGCUGAAAUCCACAAACUUGUUUUCCAAAGUAUAAUCAAAAUAUUUUUUCUGAUUUAAAAUAAAAUGUAUGAAUAAAUAUGACAUUAAACAUAUUCAGAGAAACAUAUAAUGUGUAAUUAAAGAUAAUUGUUAUGCUUCCAAAAUUUAUACUAAUAAAUAUUUUAAAGUAUAGUGUUUGUGCUGGGAAAAUGAACAUGAGGAGACAUUGGGAUACUCAUUAGAACUUAAUUAUGUCAAUGACAGAAUAAAGAAGCAUCCCCUAUGCA